GCCCCGCGCGCGCUCGCUCCUUCCUGUCGGGCGCCAUUGCCCGGGGUACCCGGCGCUUGCUCCCGUUCCAGUUCAUCCCAGUCCAUCCGCGUCCAUCCCAGUCCAUCCGCGCCCAUCGGGCCGCCCCGCAGCCAUGGCCAUCCGCUACCCCAUGGCCGUGGGCCUCAACAAGGGCUACAAGGUGACCAAGAACGUGUCCAAGCCUCGGCAGUGCCGCCGCCGCGGGCGCCUGACCAAACACACCAAGUUUGUGCGGGACAUGAUCAGGGAAGUCUGUGGCUUUGCGCCCUACGAGCGCCGCGCGAUGGAGCUGCUGAAGGUGUCCAAGGACAAACGUGCUCUGAAGUUCAUCAAGAAGCGGGUUGGCACUCACAUCCGGGCCAAGAGGAAGCGGGAGGAACUCAGUAACGUCCUGGCAGCCAUGAGAAAAGCUGCUGCAAAGAAGGAUUGAGUUGUACAGGCUGUAACACAAUAAAGUCCUUUCUCCCAAAGCCA